AUGUCGGAAGAUUAUCUGAAGAACCCUCUCCCCAUGAUCCGCCGCUUCAUCACCACCCACAAUACCGACGGCGAAGCAAUCUUCAUCUCCCACGCUCAAGUCCCCGACUACCUCCCCUCAACGCCAACGGGAGCAGAUGGCGAAAUCGCCCUGCUAUACGCUACGACCAGUAUUCCAACCCCGGUUGACGCCGAGGCCGACGUCGCCAUGUACGACGAGUUCCUGCAUCAACCCCCCGGGAUCACAGUUGAAGGGGGAACUGCUUUCCGCCUGAUUGAUCUCCGUCCUGGCAAGGCAACACCAAUGCACCGAACUGUGAGCAUCGAUUACGGAGUGAUAAUCGAUGGGGAGGUUGAUCUUGUGCUAGACUCGGGUGCAAGUCGGCGGAUGCAUCGUGGCGAUGUCAGUGUGCAGAGGGGGACUGCACACUCGUUCCGCAACCGAAGUAAUACAGAGUGGUGUCGCAUGAUGUUCGUGUUUUUGCCAAUGGAGAAAAUCAAAAUCAAUGGGAAGAAUCUGGAGGCGGAGGUAUAUGACCAGGGAUUCGACAACCCGAGGACUGAGGAGGGCAAUCUGGAGAAUGUGUUGGAAGAAAGCUAA